AUGUUCACACGUUGCUGCACUCUAGCAGUCUCUGAUGCUGAUGAUGAUGAUGAUGAUGAUGAUGAUGAUGAUGAUGAUGAUGAUGAUGAUGAUGAUGAUGAUGAUGAUGAUGAUGAUGAUGAUGAUGAUGAUGAUGAUGAUGAUGAUGAUGAUGAUGAUGAUGAUGAUGAUGAUGAUGAUGAUGAUGAUGACGAUGAUGAUGAACUCCAGUUCUAG